AUGACUAUUCCUCAAGUAACCGAGGUUCAUUUAGUUGAUGAUUCUGGAAUUACUCCAAAAGCAAGUUGUGAGUUAAUGGCUAGGCGAGCUGGUGGUCGUGAAAAUCUUGGAUUCAUUCCCGAAGACUAUAGAAAUUAUUUACGUUCCAAGAGAACAAUGCAAAUGAAGUCAGGAGAUACAGGUGGUGUGCUAGAGUACUUGCAAAAAAUGCAAUUAGAAGAUUCUAAUUUCUUUUAUGCAAUACAAGUCGAUGAGGAUGACUUAAUUACUAAUAUCUUUUGGGCUGAUGUGAAGAUGAUGAUUGAUUAUUCAUAUUUUGGUGACGUUGUUUGUUUUGAUACUACUUAUAGAAAAAAUAAAGAAGGUCGUCCAUUUGCAAUGUUUGUUGGAGUCAAUCAUCAUAAACUUACCAUUAUUUUUGGAGCAGCAUUAUUAUAUGAUGAAACGACAGAAAGUUUUAUUUGGUUGUUCAAUACUUUUGCUAAAGCUAUGUCAGAAAAGAAACCAAAGACUAUUCUUACUGACCAAGAUGCAGCAAUGGCAAAGGCAUUAGCUUUGGUAUGGCCAGAAACAUGCCACCGCCUUUGUAUUUGGCAUUUGUAUCAAAAUGCAUUAAAGAAAUUGAGUAUAGUGUUUGGGAAGUUUCAAGACUUCAGUAAGGAUUUUAAUAAAUGCAUAUAUGAAUAUGAAGAGGAAGAAGAGUUUAUAAUAGCUUGGAACAAUAUGCUUGAGAAAUAUGAUCUUAAAGACAAUAGUUGGUUGAAACAGACUUUUGCUUUAAAGGAGAAAUGGGCAUUAGUUUAUGGUCGAGAGAACUUUUGUGCAGACAUGACUACCACACAACGAAAUGAGAAGAAUGGUAGAGGAUCGUCGAUAUGA